UUUUAUUUAACCAAGCAAAAGUUUAUGGGAGACUUCGUAUUAUAUCAGUUGUUUUAGAUCUCCAUCUUCAGGCUCACCGCAGGAUCUUGGAAAAUUUCCCGACUGUGAGUAACCGUAAAUUUUAAUAACCCAGGGAGAUAAGCACAUGAUGUCGAGCGGCGCUCAGGCCAGUGAGUCCACCGACGAUUGGUUGGAAGAAGAUGUUGAGCUUCCAGGAGACUCCGAAUAUCGCAAAAUAAACGAAGGAAUCUGGAAGGAAGGUUUCAGGAAUGCUGUUACCGAGAGUAAAGAUGUUAGCCUGCAGAAAGGCUUCGAAGAUGGAUUCUCUCGAUGCGCUGCGUUAUCCGCUCGUCUCGGUGAGCUGCGCGGUCAGUUCGAGGCCACGCUUAAACUGAGAGCAUCCGACGCACACCGUGUGUCCAUGCAAAACUUUCUGACUGAACUUACUGAGUUCAGCACGCAUGCAUCAAAGUUUGCCACAAAAGACCUGCAGAGUCCCGAGGGAAUGCUGAAUUUCAAUAAGCAAACGGAUCUUCAUGCACUAAAUGUGGAUGAUGCUGUAAAUAAUUUAAUACGACGCGGGAUGGCCAUUUUAAGCAAAGGGGCAGAGAAAGAUAGUUGAUUCCGGAACAACGAAGCGCGAAGUGGAUCACAAUGUGGAUACUAAACACUGAACAGUGGCAUUUGGAUUGUUACUUAUUGCCAGUCGACCAGGAUAAUUCCAUCCUUCGAAUAAAUUCGCAUACUGAAAACGGGUGGGACACGACCUGUCGAUGUCGAUAACCUGAAAAUGUUGGAUCCCGUGAAGGAAAGUUGCGCACUGGGAAGUUCAUAAUUCAUCAAACAAGAAUUUUGUAGGACUAAUUAAUAAUAAUCCUGCGUGCAAUAAUGCUGGAUGGGAUUCUACAGAACUAGAUGAAAGCGUUUGAAAAUCGUUUGCUUCUAUGGCGUCUUCCCUUUUGUUUUGAUAAUGAUGUGACUGAUGUCUACCGGUGUUUCCAGUUCUUUCCAGAUUUGAAUACUUCUAUUAAAACUCAUUGACAAAUGAUAUCCACUGCUUCAUUAAUCUAGCCAGAAUAGUCCUGCCUUUAAUCCGUUAUUCCUGUGUAAGAAGUGGUAUUUUUGAUGUG